GAGCUCACAUGCACACUGGCAGCCUCCCAACCUUUCAGAACCCGUUCCCGCGACACGGGACCCAGAGACCAAGGGCUGGAUUCCAUGAGCACUGGGACCAGACUGCCUCAGCGCCAGGUCCACAGCGCAAGCCUCCGCCUAGCAAGUUCUGGAGAACACGUCCUCAAAGGCACUCAGCAGGGCACCGCUGAACUGACUGCAUCAAAGAGAAACUUCAGCGUCUAGAGACUGCGCCUCUUCAGUUGCUCCUGCAGAGCUUGGUGUGAAGACAGCUUUUCAGGUGUCUCUCUAGGCUUCGGUGUCUUGCAGGAUGUUCCUGUUGCAAGGCGCCCAGAUGCUGCAGAUGCUGGAGAAAUCCUUGAAGAAGAGCCUUCCUACGUCCUUGAAGGUUUAUGGGACCGUCACGCACAUGAACCAUGGAAACCCAUUCAAUCUAAAGGCUCUGGUGGACAAGUGGCCUGAUUUUAAUACAGUGGUUAUCCGCCCCCAGGAGCAGGACAUGAAAGAUGAGCUUGAUCACUACACCAAUACUUACCAAGUCUACUCUGAAGACCUUAAGAAUUGUCAGGAGUUCCUUGACUUACCAGAAGUCAUCAAUUGGAAACAACAUCUGCAGAUCCAAAGUAAACUGCUUUUCUCUUGGAACACCCACAGCGACCCAGAGAUGUUUAAGCUCGCAUCUGCGGAGCCUAGCCACGCGGCUCUGGUGAACAGGUUCUGGCUUUUCGGCGGUAACGAGAGGAGCCGGAGGUUCAUCGAGCGCUGCAUCUGGAACCUCCCCACCUUCUGCUUGCUGGGGCCCGAGGGGACCCCUGUGUCCUGGUCCCUGAUGGACCAGACAGGAGAGAUGCGGAUGGGAGGCACCCUGCCUGAGUACCGGGCCAAGGGGCUCGUCACCCACGUCAUCUACCAGCAGGCCCAGUGUCUGCUCGAGCGGGGUUUCCCCGUGUAUUCUCACGUGGACCCCAAGAACCAGAUCAUGCACAAGAUGAGUGAGAGCCUCAAUCACAUGCCCAUGCCCUGCGACUGGAACCAGUGGAACUGUGAGCCGCUGUGACCGGGCCUGAGCGCCAGCCGGGGGGGGCUGAGGACGUGACGGGGGGCAGGGCUCGGCGGAGGGAAGAAUAAACUGUGGCUGCGAUCGCUGGGAA